GUCAGAGCGCCUGCCAUGACGGACAUCCUAACACUCGUCUUUAGAACGUUUACGUCACAAACCGCCGGAAGUGAGGAGCUCACCGUCCCUCCUACGUCACCGGCGACGUGCAGCGCGCUGCUGGUCGGAGACGCCGGGCUCAGCCGCUCCGUGCUGCUGCUGGCGGCGGUGACGGCGGCCUCGGAGAUGGGGGUGCGGGUGGUGUUCUUCACCCAGACGCGGAUCCAGAGCCUCCCUCCCUGUCUGCAGAAGCGCGUUCCCAGCGUGAGCCCCGAGAGUCUGAAGAAAAUCCAAUUUUGCUAUCCGAGGACGAUGGAGGAGCUGCUUCAGCAGGUGGCCGGCCUUCACGAGCCCACCAACACGUGUCCCGCGCCGCCGUCACUCAUCGUGGUCGACGGGCUGGAGGGGUACCUGUGUGGCCCCGGGGAGUGCGGGGGCGGCCUCAGCGGGUUUCACCUGGGGGAGCAGCCUGUUCAAGCCGCACACCUGUCCGCGCUGCUCUGCGACAGCGCCGCCUUCCUCACGCGAGCCCUGAGGAGUCGCUCGCCGAGCUCCGGCCCCUGCCGCGUCGUCGCCUCCUUCCAGCCGCCGGGGGGGGACGGCGGGCGAGCCCCCGGGGAGGCCUCCUCUGCCGCGGAUCCCACCCUCCAAGUCCUCGAUCGCUAUUUCCGGGUACGCUGCACUCUGGACAGAGCCGGGAGCUACGAAGCUGCGGCAGCCGGACUGCAUGAGGUGUGGAACAUUUAUCUCUCUGGGACGGGCUUGGCAGAGGCCUCGUGUGCCAAAGACUGUGAGGACAGGCCAGCCGGAGCCCAAGAGUGGAAGCUGUUCAUCCCUCCUGAUGGGUUCAUGGAGUUUAAGUUGGUUUGAAAAGGUUUGCAUGAAAGACUGUCGCAGUGAGGGAGAAACUGCAGUGUAAUAUGUCAUGUCAUCAUUUUUGCUAAGAGUUUUAUUUGCAGAAGGAUGUUUUCUGCCAUGCCCUUGCAUUUAUUCUUUGUAGCUCGCCACGGUGUCUCAUUGUCACCGAUACAAUGCUGCUGCUGCUGCUUCUC